GCUCAGUCAGCGUUAGUGGAUCAGGAGGAGAGUGUGUUAGCCAGACCUAGACCUGAAGGAGCAGGGAGGGCGGGAUUAGGCCCGCAGUUGCUAAGCGCUACCCCUAAAUGGGAGGUGACUUAAGAAAUGGGGUGAAGGGUGGUUCAAUGGCCGUUCACCUCACCAUCCUUCUGGCUCACGGAAGUUAACCAACGGAGAGGCGGGUCUAGGGCCGGAAGGAGGAAGGAGGGCUCAGGCAACAAGGCGCUGCAGCCAGUCGUAGUGUCGGGCUGUGAAUCUGUUGGUUUCGAGGCCGGGAUGGAGAAGCUGCGGCUCCUGGGCCUUCGCUAUCAGGAGUACGUGACUCGUCACCCGGCCGCCACGGCUCAGCUGGAGACGGCAGUGCGGGGCCUCAGUUACCUGCUAGCAGGUCGCUUCACCGACUCCCACGAGCUGUCAGAGCUGGCUGCCCACAGGAGAUCAUAUUGGGGAGCAUGGAGCUCUGAGCAAGUGAGCGGGGAGGCAGUGUACUCCGCCUCUAACCUGCUUGUGCUGCUCAAUGACGGGAUCCUGCGGAAGGAGCUUCGGAAAAAGUUGCCUGUGUCACUGUCCCAGCAGAAGCUGCUGAUGUGGCUGAGUGUGCUGGAGUGCGUGGAGGUGUUCAUGGAGAUGGGGACUGCCAAGGUGUGGGGCGAAGUGGGCAAGUGGCUCGCCAUCGCCCUCAUCCAGCUGGCCAAGUGUGUACUACGGAUGUUUCUGCUGAUCUGGUUCAAAGCUGGCCUCCAGACCUCACCCCCCAUCAUUCCACUGGACAGGGACACCCAGGCACACUCACUGAAUGGUGACCGCAGCCCUGGCAGCCAGGAUCAGUCAUACGUGGGGAAACGUUCCAACCGAGUAGUGCGAACCCUCCAGAAUACUCCGUCCCUGCACUCAAGGCACUGGGGAGCCCCCCAGCAGUGGGAGGGACGACGGCAGCAGCGCCAUGAGGAGCUGAGUGUCACCCCCACCCCACUGGGGCUGCAGGAGACCAUCGCAGAGUCCCUGUAUAUUGCCAGGCCCCUGCUGCACUUGCUUAGCCUGGGCCUAUGGGGUCAGCGGUCGUGGGCACCCUGGCUCCUAUCUGGUGUUGUGGAUGUGACCAGCCUGAGCCUCCUGGGUGACAGGAAGGGCCUGACCCGGAGGGAGCAGCUGGAGCUGCGGCGCCGGACUAUCCUACUGCUCUACUACCUGCUGCGCUCCCCAUUCUAUGACCACUUCUCUGAGGCCAGGAUCCUCUUCCUACUCCAGCUGCUGGCAGACCACGUCCCGGGCAUUGGCCUGGUCACAAGGCCGCUCAUGGAUUACUUGCCUACCUGGCAGAAAAUUUAUUUCUACAGUUGGGGCUGACAAGACAUCCUGGGAGUGAGGUGUGGGGAGGGGUGGGAUAGUGUGCUUUGCUGCUAUGGGCAGGGGUACCUUAGCCCUUUAGUGCCCUGGGCCCCUCUGCCCUAAUAAAACUGUCUUUGUCAGUG